GUUUUGUACUUUUCAUGUCUACUUCUUAUCUUUGUAGAUAGAAAAUUACGAAUAUCGAAAUAACCAUCUUGAAUAUACACGUAUGAGUAACGAGCCCAUAUAUUUAUGUUCGUAUGUUUAUGGGCCUAAUGAGAUUAAGAGAAUGGAUUGGCCUACGACGACUCUCAUCUCCCGAAGAAUCUGUAAUCUUUUGAUUUUCUUCGUCAAAUUAAACCACAAAAACCUCUCCAUCGAUUCGGAUAAUCCACAACACUCUGCGAUGAAACCCGACCCGACCAGACGCAGAAACAGAGCCUUAUCUUCUUCUUCUCCAUCAAAGACCCGACCCGAACUAUCUUCCGGGUCUCCCAACCGGAAUACCGGUGAAGCCCGUGGUGGAAAGGUGAAAACUUCGGCCACUUUACUCGACCGGGAGGAGAUGGGUCUUUUUCCCGGGUCGGGUUACGGUGACCCGAAUCCAGAACCUAGGAGCUUUCCUUAUAGUGUGAAGCAGCAAUGUUGGGAAAAAGCAGAGAAGAUUAAAGGAAGAGAUCCUGAGCGUUGGAGGAGAGAUCAUUUAGGGAACAUUGUGUUUAGGAAGCUUGUUGGUUGUCCUGGAUGCUUGUGUCAUGAUUAUGAUCACAUUGUUCCUUACUCCAAGGGCGGCAAGAGCACUCUGGAAAACUGUCAGGUUUUGCAGGUAUGCAGUCACUCGUAUGAAAAUUUAAACUAACUUAUAACAAACUACUAUUUAAGGUUUCCAUGUUUUAAACCAACUUACAGUUUAUUCAUAUCUACGACAAGUCUUCAAUAUCUAUGUUUAUAGUCACUAUUCUCUCAUAAUUUGCCUCAUGACCGGCUUUAAAGCUUUAGUGGAGGCUUCUCUCAGACGAUCGGAUUUCCACAGAACACUCUCUUGCAUAUUCUCCUUUGCGUUUACUUAUAAACCUCUCCAUCCAAAACUUCAAACCAAACAUACUCUUUUAGGCCUGUUGCUUCUUUCUAUUACUUGGAAUCGUUUACUUUGUUUCGUUUCUACAUUUCAGGCAAAGGUAAACCGAUCAAAGGGUAAUAAAACCGAUAUUUCUCGAUCCGAGCUUAUCCAAAGGAGUUCUUACUGUCGAGUCGCUGGCCGAGAUAUGGAUCUGAUUGAGCUAACAGCUUACGGGAAUGUACAGCGUGCACCUACGUCUAGCGGAUGCAGAAUUCAGUGAUCUGUUGAAGAUCUAUUGAUGGAAUUGAAAAUGAUGAGUUUCUCAAUAUUUACUUGGUCAAGAAUCUGUAAACUUGUAGUUCUUCUCCGAGUUACUUGUGUACUCAUUAGUCAUUAUCUUUCCUAUAUUGUGGACAUGUAAGUAAGUUGUAAGUUGUAACAUUAGUCAUUUAGUGCUCAUGCUUCUUCUAUAUUCUAUCAAGUUCUAUUCUUGUUAUUACAUUCUUUUAAAUAAAAAAAUAAUGCCUUCUACUACUAGUAAUUUUGUAAAAAAAA